AAAGUGAAGAAGAAGCAGUAAAAAUGGAAGUGAUUCGUUCUCAGAAGCGAACAGUCUCCAACGACAUCGUUUCAACUCCCACGCUUCCCCUCUAUCUUACAGCUCCACCCAUGGAAGUCCGCUUAGAAGAGUUCGAGCUCUUCGCCAUUGAUCGCUUACGAGUUCUGAAAGGAGUCUCAGAUGGAUUAGCUCGUGGACGAAACCCUAACGAAAUGGAUGAUCUUGUUGAUACUUUGUGGAAAGAACAUAUGAGACUACCUGAUGUUUCAGAAAUGAUCAACAAGGAUAUAAUCUCACAUUUCGUUCUACGUCUCGUUUAUUGUAGAUCGGAUGAAUUGAAGAAAUGGUUUCUUAGUAUGGAAACUGCUCUUUUCCGCCAUAGAUUCCGGAUAAAAAAGAUUGAAGAACAGAGAACAAUUGUGGGAGAAUUUGGAUUACCUUAUAAAGCAGUCAUAGGGGCAGAACUUGAGAGUUUGAAGGAGAGGUUGGGGCUGGUUGCACGUUCACUUGGUCAAAUUUCAUCUGAUGUUGAAAACAUAUACUACAAGGUUCCUUUUGAAGAGGUUCCUGACCUUGUAGCUGGCCGGAGAGUAUUGUUACAGAAAGGAUAUGCCUUUGUAGCUGGUAGUCAGUUGGUUUCCCUUGUUGUCACCCAAUUUCGAUCUCACUUAUCAAAGGCCCUCAUUCUGACAAACAGAAAAUGGACAACUACCAUUCGAGAAAGAGAAAAAGACAGACUAACUCCUAUAGUAGAAGCCUUAUCUACAAGCUACUUGGGUCCUGAUUAUACUCAGUCAAGCGAGUACGCUGACAUAUCACUGAAGGAUAUUGAUCAAGUUUCCAAGAGUUCCUUUCCCCUUUGUAUGAGGCAUCUAUUUGAAAAACUUCGAGAAGAUCACCAUCUCAAACAUGGAGGAAGAAUGCAACUGGGUCUUUUCUUGAAGGGUGUAGGUCUGAAGUUGGAUGACGCCCUAGCAUUUUGGAGAGAAGAAUUCACAAAAAAGGUUGGCUCUGAGAGAUUUGAUAAAGAGUAUGCGUAUGCCAUUCGCCAUAACUAUGGAAAGGAAGGCAAGAGAACAGAUUAUACCCCUUAUGCUUGUUCAAAGAUCAUCACAUCGGCUCCUGGUGUUGGGGAUCAUCAUGGCUGUCCUUACCGACAUUUCAGUGAGGAUAACCUGAAGGCAGCACUUAAUAGGAUGGGAUUAAGUUCUCGUGGGAUGGAAGACGUAAUGGAUAAAGUGCGGAACAAACAUUAUCAGCUUGCAUGCACCUUAACCUUUGAAGCUGUUUAUGGUACAUCUUGUGAUACUGGGAUCAACCAUCCCAACCAAUACUUUGAGGAGAGUCAAAAGAUUUUGAAAUCCAAGACCCCAGCUGCUCCGGUUUAGUCUCCCGUAUGGUUCAAUGUACUCUGUGACAGAUAAGAAUUAUAAUCUUCAGUUCAAUGAUAUUAUUACCAUAUCUUAAAAUGCUAAGCAUAUAGAUAUUAUGGGUCCAGAAUA